CAGCUAAUUUCCUGAUGUAGGCUAUGUGUAAAGCUUAUUUAGAGAGGAAGUUCCCAAAUGUAGGGUGGGAUGAUGUUUUCUCCACUGUCUCGCAGUACUGAGAAGAAAAAGCAGUGUAAAGUAACUUACAGCCAACCUGGAAACUCCAAAAAGUCUUUUAAAGCUUCGUCAUUUCUUCUGAGCUCAUACUGCAUGGGAGUCUGUCAGACCGGACUGACAAUAACAAAAUGAUCCUGUUGCCGCGAAAACCCGGCAUGAACUUUUCCACGUUAUACUUUCGAUGGAUUUUACUCUUUGCUGUUGGGAUUUCAGGGAGUAAGAUGCACACCACACAUCGCAGUACAUACACAUUUGUAGCUGGUCUUGCUUUUAACCUUCAGUGCAAUAGAGACAGUCAGCAUGUGAUAGUGAGCUGGACUCGUGUUCCCAAUCAGAGCUUGGAAAAUACCACUGGUAUAAAUAUUAAAGACAACACACUGUGGUUUCUGCCUGCUGACCUCACCCAUCAAGGAUCCUACUCCUGUUUUAGCAGAAAAGGCAAUGAUACCUGGGAAACAAUAUUUGAAGUCUCAGUUAGCAAUCAAACAUGUCGCCACUGGAACAGAAAAGAUGAAUUAACCAGCACAAAGGAACUUGAGUGUUUUCUUCCUCAUAUCUUUAAGAUAGACCCUCAAGCUCAAGUGACCUGGCGAAAGAACUGUCAGCCAUUAAAUAUGUCUAACAGUAAGGUUCUGCUGGUGGACAGAUCUACAGAGAUGAUUGGACUGCUCACCUGCUUCGUCAACUUUACAUUUGAAGGGCAAAACUAUCUCUCUGCCCAGACUACAGAAGUCUACAUGGGGUCUACAGUUGACGUGGUGACACCACCAAAAAUGAUCUACCCGAAGCCAAGCCAAACACACAGAGUAACACUUGGUCAAAGAUACGAGAUAAACUGCAAAGCUCUAGUUGGGAUGAACGAUGAUAACGACACAGAUUUAUACUGGUUUACUGACUCUGAUUCUCCUGGGCUGAACCUCGACACGGGUACAUUCACAAGAUUUAAGGAAGGUGAUCAGGAAUACCUGCUGUCUGUUUUAUUAAUCUCAGAAGUCACAGCUGAACAUUUAAACAUCAACUUCACCUGUAAGGUUGAGCACCCGGCGGGAUCAGAUUCAGGAAGGGUUGUGCUUAUUCUAGCCAGUCAGACUGAACGUUAUUAUUGGGUCGGUGUGGGUCUGGUGGCUCUGCUCAUCCUGCUGCUCGCUCUGCUGUUUCUCUGCAGGGUUGAUCUGGUUCUGGCCUACAGGAGUGUUUGCUCACGUUCUGUCGCAUGCAGUGACGGGAAGUGGUACGAUGCGUAUGUGAGUUCUCUGAAUGUGGAUCCGCUCAGCUCUUCUUCUGCUAUGACCUUUGCUCUGCACUUCCUUCCCUCUGUGCUUGAAGAACUCUACGGUUACAGACUCUUCAUCAGUGGACGCGACGAACUUCCUGGGGAAGCUAUUCAAGAUGUAGUGUCUGACAGGAUGAGCCGGAGCAGAAGACUGAUCAUUAUCCUUACAUCUCAAAGCUGUUCAUCACCUCAGAAUCAUGCAUCAGGUAAAGCCCUGGAUUCAGAGUGUAAAGACUCUUAUGAAGAGUUACGAGCAGCUUACGAGCAGCGUGUGGGGCUGUAUGAUGCUCUCGUGAAACAGGGACUAAAAGUCAUCCUGGUGCAGGUGGAGGAUGGUGUUGAAGAGCAUCUGCUGCCCGAAUCUUUAAAGUACAUCAGCCGAACCCAAGGAAUCCUCAACUGGAGAGAAAACGCCAGAGAACGAGCGAACAGAAGGUUCUGGAAACACAUGCGCUACCGAAUGCCUGCAUGUCGGAGACGGAAAGGCACUGAUAGCAUGGUGCUUUAAACAUUCAGAUCCAAAAACAGGUUUUUAAUGGGGUCGUGAACUACCUCAGUUUUUAAAUUUUUGUUCUGUGAGGUCAGCUUAUAAGAUCGGUACAUCAGAAAACGUCAUAAUUUAGAAGUAAUAGACUAUUUUCUUUGCUGUUUUUGCCAGCAAAGUGGGCGUGGCCAAUUGCAGACUUUGAAGUAAAUGCCCACUGUGCUUAUUGGCUGACAGUUUUGCAUAUUAACAGAGCUAAACAGGCAGUGCAGUAGAAUUGGGUGUGGGCCUUCAGUGGAGGCGGAGCCUAUGCACUAUUACAUCAUACAGCAGCAACUUCCCAGAACCUGUGGUUUUGUCAGACAGCCUUUAAUAUAAGCUGAUUUUUGAGGAACGGCAAAGUGUUGAGUUCUGAAACUUACAGGAUGUUUUUAUAGUACUGUCAGCUCUUAUAUGACCGAAAAACUAAGGAAAAUUUGUUUGUUCAGUUCAUGACCCCUUUAACAUAUACCAUUUUAUUUGCAUCUUGAUUUAAAGGGGUCAUGAACUACCUGUUUUUUUUAUUGUACUUUUCUUUAAGGCUCACUUAUGAUGUUAUUAGGAUUCUUACACAAAAAAAAUCCUAAUUUAGAAGUAAUUGAAUUUUCUUUGCUGUUUUUGACCCUCAUCUGAAUGCUCUGUUUAAGUGGGCGUGGCCAAUUGUACACUCUGAAGUAAAAACCCACUGCUCUGAUUGGCAGUGCUGUAGAAGUGGGUGUGGAUCUUAUGUGGAGGCGGAGCUUAUCCUCCCUAUUGCAUCAUAGAGCAGAACAUUCCAGAAUCUAUGGUUGGUCAGACAGCCUACAAUAUAAGAUGAUUUUAGAGGAACGGCAAUCUGUUGAGUUCUGAAACCUACUGGAUGUUUUUAUAGUACUGUAAGCUCUAAUAUGACAGAAAAAUUAAGGAAAAUUUGUUUGUUCAGUUGAUGACCCCUUUAACAUAUACCAUUUUAUUUGCAUCUUGAUUUAAAGGGGUCAUGAACUACCUCAGUUUUGAUUGUACUUUUCUUUAAGGCUCACUUAUGAUGUUAUUAGGAUUCUUACACAAAAAAAAUCCUAAUUUAGAAGUAAUUGAAUUUUCUUUGCUGUUUUUGACCCUCAUACGAAUGCUCUGUUUAAGUGGGCGUGGCCAAUUGUAGACUCUGAAGUAAAAACCCACUGCUCUGAUUGGCUGAUGGUUAUGCAUAUUAAACAGGGCUAAACAGGCAGUGCUGUAGAAGUGGGUGUGGAUCUUAUGUGGAGGCGGAGCUUAUCCUCCCUAUUACAUCAUAGAGCAGAACAUUCCAGAAUCUAUGGUUUUGUCAGACAGCCUACAAUAUAAGAUGAUUUUAGAGGAAUGGCAAAGUGUUGAAUUCUGAAACUUACUGGAUGUUUUUACAUUACUGUCAGCUCUAAUAUGACAAAUUAUUAAGGAAAAUUCGAUUUCUCAGUUCAUGACCCCUUUAACUCCAUGCCAUUUUAUUUGUAUCUUGAUUUGAAAGGGGUCAUGAACUACCUCAGAUUUUUUUUUACUUUUCUUUUAGGCUCAUCUAUGAUGUUAUCAGGAUUCUCACACAAAAAAUAAUAAUUUAGAAGUAAUUGACUAAUUUCUCUCCUGUUUUUAACCCUCAUUUGAAUGCUCUGUUUGUGUGGGCGUGGCCAAUUGUACACUCUGAAGUAAACACCCUCUGCUCUAAUUGGCUGACAGAUUUGCAUAUUAACAGAGCUAAACAAGUAGUGUAGUGGAAGUGGGUGUGGUCUUAGGUGGAGCCUAUCCAUUAUUACAUCAGAGCAGAACAUUUCAGACCCUGUGUUUCUCUCAGACAGCCUUUAAUAUAAGCUGAUUUUAGAGCAACCACAGAGUGUUGACUUCUGAAACUUACAAGAUGUUUUUAUAGUACUAUGAGUUCUUAUAUAUCAAUUGAAUUUUGAUUGCUCAAUUCAUGUCCUCUUACAGUAAAUGUGAAUACAAGAAAGACCUACACUGGAAAAUUGAUAUGUGGAGAAGGUUUGAUUUUGCACAUUGGAAGUUUGUUUCAAUUUAUGAAAAGUGAAAGGUGAUGCAAGAUGCAAUAAUACUGAUGCUAUUUAUUUGUAUGGUGUGUAUAUAUAGAUGUCUAUUUAAAUUGAAAUUUUAUUAUUCGUGAAAGGAAUUAAAAAUAGGCAGAAAAGGGGAUUCAAGCUGCAACAAUACAGAUAAUUUAAUGUAUAUUUUUACUUGAACAUGGGAAUUUCUAUUUUUAAUGCGGUUUCCAUUUUAAAUUGGGAAUUUUGUGUUUAGAUUUGUUUACAUUUAUUUGAGCAGC